AGAGUUUCACAGAGUUUAUUCCCCGAUAUGGAGCUGAAAAGAGACAGACCAGCAACAGCAAAGACAUUAUUCUUCCUGUUUCAGUGAAUGGCGAGGCACUGUGAGCCAAUGGGAGGGCAGCGGUGAGGAUGCAACAGUGAUCCAGGAAAAAACAGCCCAUUGUUCCUGGGACGCUGGAGAAGCGUGACCUCCCUCCUGCCCGCUCUGCCGGCUUGGCCUAACGGCACGCCAGAGGACACAGUAUCCAUUUACAGGUGAGCAAUGAGUGGGGGGGUCAAUGUCAAGUCUGCCCCCCGGGCUCCACCCCCAUCAGGAAUCCCCCUCCCACGCAGCCUGUUGCCCUCCUCCCCCAAACCGGACUCCCGCCGCCAGGCUAGCAGCCUGCCCCGGCCUUCUACACACACACCUAAACGCACACCCACACACACUCCCAUACAGACGCCCACACACUCCCCUCCACCUUCCUUACGGAGCACCAACAUCACAGAGACUUCCUCCUCCAGGGACCUGUUGAGGGAUGCGACCCUGAAGAACCAGCUCCUCCAGCGGGUCGGAGCUCUGCCGGUUCCCCAGGGGUCCCGUUCUGCCCACAGCAGUCCGCUGACCCAGCGCAGAACCCCACUGUACUCCAGAGACACAUCGGAUCUGGGUAGGCCGGCCCCGACUCACAUCCCAGCUCACAUUCCACACAACGGCAACCGCAACAGAAACACCUACGCCAACAGGAACCAGGCAUGGGGAGCCAGCAAUGUCCGCCCACCGCUCCAGUUCAGGAGAGGGGAAAACUCCAACAAUGUAGCCCAGGAGGCCAGCGGGGUCGUGCCGGGAAGAGAGAAGGGGGAUGAGCCUGUGGGAAUGGCCCUGGAGGAGCUUCCCAUCCGGUCCCCCCUGCUGAACGAUAACCUCCGCCCCUGUCCUGUGCAGGUGACCCCCACCCACCACCACGCCGCCAUCAGGCACCACAGCGACUCCACCAGCCAAUCAGACGAGGAGAUGGGGACACCUGAGGAGAUUAGUCCCGCCUCCUCUCCUGGUCCCCUCCCCCCACCUCCUGUCACGCUGGACAUGCCUGUUGUCUCCACGGCGACAGGCAACGUCCAAGAUCCUGGCCAACAAAAUGAGGCUGCGUCCGCAGAGACACAGACGCCAAGAGUCAACAUGGCUACUGUGGCUCCCUUCAGGUACAGGCUGCAGGUCCAGGAGAGUGACUUAUCAGCAGAGGAACUGAGUGACUGUUCUUCUGGAUCCAUAGAAGUCUGCUGUGAUGACCUAACACCAGGAGGGAUGCUGGGGGCUAAUGUGGCUAGCAUUAGCAUGAGUGCUAAGCCCAGAGAGCUGGAGGUGAGGUCUCCUAUCAACAGCCAGGACACUCCAGCCCAGGCCAUGGCUGCUAGGAAAACCCAGGCCAAGCCCUCUGCGCUGCCCCAGGGACCCCCUCGUCCCUCGGGGCCUGAGCUCAAGGUCUACCGGCCCACCUCUGGAUCUAUCCCCAUUCCAAACACCAAUCCAUCCCGGCUCCGCAAGCAGCGCUCGCUCACCAACUUGUCCAUCCUCACAGAUGCUGAAAAGAAGCUGCACUUGUACCAAUCCCCCCGCUGGACUGACGAUAUGGGCCGGAGCAGCACCGGGACCAACAAAUCAGGCCAGACCAAGGCAGGUCAGGCUAAUGGCGGCAGGCCGCCGCUGUCCCGCACCCUUUCCAAAUCAGAGCAGUCUCUGUUCCAGGGGAAGCCCAAACCCUUCUCCUCCCCAGCUAUACCUCCUAACCUGGGCAAGCCCAGCCGCAUCCCUGCUCCUGGUAAACCCCGGGGGCCUUACGCUGAGGUAAAGCCCAUCAGCAAGGCCUCUGAGUCAUGCCAGAGUGCAGACACGGACCCUUCCGACUCCCCAACAAAGGUGAACUCUGAUGGAACUGGGAGUACUGGGACUAAUGGAAAGAAAACAGGGGACAAGAGGAGAGCCACGGCUCCGUCGACAGAGGAGAAGAAAGAGGGGAAGGAGAUGGAGGGAGAGGAGGAUAAGAACUUUCUGAAGGUGGAUCCAGAGUUGGUGGUGACAGUUCUGGGGGACUUGGAGCAGUUGCUCUUCAGCCAAAUGCUUGACCCAGAGUCCCAGAGGAAGAGGACAGUGCAAAAUGUCCUGGACCUUCGGCAAAAUUUGGAGGAAACCAUGACCAGUCUGAAGGGGGUCCAACUCAGCCACAGCUGCCUGGAGGGGAACAUGUGCUAUGACAGUGACGAAGCGGCUGCCUUCUCCAUCUCCAGUCUAUCAAAUCGCUCCUCGCCGUUGUCAUGGCGACAGGGUCAAGCCAGCCCCCGUCUGCAGGCUGGCGACGCCCCGUCCACAGGUCACACCCAGUCACAUGGUCCCCUCCGAAUAAGCCACACCUCGCGCAUUCACCUCAUCGAAGGACUGGAUGACCCAGAUCCCUCCCUGCUGAAGGGAGGUUACCUCAGUGACAGUGACCUGGGGGGGAAGAGUCCAAUUGAGGACGAUGAAGAUGACGAUGAUGAUGAUAUCGAUGAUCUAGGGAAUGGGUGAGUUUUUCUCUCUUUUUAAUUUCAAAUAUUGUUCGUUUUCUUAUUCUUAAUGCUACCUAAACAGUAGCAUUAGGAAUAUUUUAGGUCACAUUAACACCACAUGGGGAUACAGUCUGCAGGAAUCAGGACACUUGUGCCUCACUAAUGGUCUAAGCAUUGCCUGUGGGGUGAACGCUGCCACCUGUCAAAAGUUACAGCCUUGCAACCGCAGUCAUGCCUACAGUUAGUGGCUUACCAGCAUAAUAAAGCCUUGAUCAGCCCGUCUCUAAUGAAUCACAGAGCCUCCGCGUAGAGUCUGUCUUGACACUGGCAGCUGUAGGCCCCCUGGUGCAGUUGGCUCUGCCGUAGUCAGAAAAGAGCCCUCUGGCAGAGCCGGGGAAUGAUGUCACCGUCACUGGGCCCCCACGCCGAGAUCAUCCUGUCAUAUUCAGCUGUGAGCCUCCUGGCAAAGCUGGCACACGUCCAGGUG